AUGCCCGACGCAGACACCAUCACGCACAGGUACGACACCACAGUGGGGUACGCGGGGCACGUAGUGACACACGUGGCGUACGAUUCGCAGCUGGCGCCUCGCUGCUGGCGCACCAUGGACCUACUGCUGGACCUGUACGCGAACAUGCCCGACGCAGACACCAUCACGCACAGGUACGACACCACCGUGGGGUACGCGGGGCACGUAGUAACGCACGUGGCGUACGAUUCGCAGCUGGCGCCUCGCUGCUGGCGCACCAUGUACCUACUGCUGGACCUGUACGCGAACAUGCCUGACGCAGUCACCAUCACGCACAGGUACGACACCACCGUGGGAUACGCGGGGCACGAAGUGACACACGUGGCGUACAAUUCGCAGCUGGUGCCGCGCUGCUGGCGCACCAUGUACCUACUGCUGGACCUGUACGCGAACAUGCCUGAUGCAGUCACCAUCACGCACAGGUACGACACCACCGUGGGGUACGCGGGGCACGUAGUGACACAUGUGGCGUACGAUUCGCAGCUGGCGCCUCGCUGCUGGCGCACCAUGUACCUACAGCCGGACCUGUACGCGAACAUGCUUGACGCAGUCACCAUCACACACAGGUACGACACCACCGUGGGGUACGCGGGGCACGUAGUGUCGCACGUGGUGUACAAUUCGCAGCUGGCGCCUCGCUGCUGGCGCACCAUGUACCUACUGCUGGACCUGUACGCGAACAUGCCCGACGCAGACACCAUCACGCACGGGUUCUCAGUAUCAGCGGAGCUACCGGAGCAGUACCGGCAGCCGCGCGUUCGUCCCAGCUCCCGCGAGCAGAACACCAGCAACUCGUCCUCGAGUGCCGCCGGCAUGGGCAUCGUCGUCGUCGGCAUUGCUCGGAUGCACCGCACGCGGCUGCUAGCGUCGCUGUCGGGACUGAAGCUGGAGGCGGAGCUGACGUCGCUGCAGGGCUCGCUGUCGGCGUCGCGCACGCAGCAGUGCGCGCUCUCCGGCAACCUGGGCCGCGCCAUGAUCGUGCUGCUCGAAGGCGUCGCGCCGCAUCAACAGACGGUGGUGCGCGUGAGCGUGGGAAAGUCGGGCGUGCUGUACUCGUGGGAGGGUGGGCGCACGGGCGCAGCGGCCGUGCUGAGCGUGGGCGGCGUGCGUGUGGACCUGCCGCAACAUCCUGUCGCACUGCACGGCGUCAUGACGCGCUCCAGCCGCCAGCUCUCCUCCACGCUGCAGGAAUUGGGCGUGACGCGUACAUCAUCGCGUCAAUCUCGCAAUCCGCCUGGAGUGCCGCCCCCGUCGAACGGUCAAGCGGGAGCGGGACCGGGCACUGCGGCAGCGGGGGCGGGAGCGGGUGGCACUGGGCUGCAGGCUGAAGCGGGCACGGCUGCGACAGAGACGGAAGCGGAAAGCAGGCCGCCUCGCAGCACUCGCCCGGUGACGGCGCCGCGCCACGAGCCGCUGCUGCAGCCCUUGCAGCUGCAGUUCACCAUUAUGUUGCAGAGCCUGAGCAUAACGGCCGCACUGCUGCCGUCGUUACAAGCGCAGUACAAGAUGGAGCAAGUGCACAGCACGGGCGUGACGGGCCUCAAGGCGCAUUUCACUGUCGACCUGCCCACGCACUCGCUCAGCUUCGCUACUAAAUUACAGGUAACUGAAGCCAACAUUCCGGCCGCGGCAUCGGUGGCGUUGCCGGCCGUGUCGUGUCGCGCGCGAGUGUUGGGUGCCGAGUGUGGGGAGAGCGGGGACGGACGAGAGGUUGAGGAGGACGGAGAGGCUGGAGAGACCGUGGAGGGUGGGGAGGGAGGAAAGGCUCCGGGGCGCGGGGAGUGCGGGGAGGAGGGCGUGGUGCUGCGCGCCGGCCGCUACCUGGCCGCCACCGCCGACAUCGGCCUCUUCGAGCACACGCUCUCCACCGACCUGCUCAACCACCUCGUCUUUGUGCAGAAGGUCUUCAUGAAGGAAGUAAACGAAGUAGUUCAGAAAGUUUACGGCGGUGAGAAACCAGUCCCGCUGUGGAACGAGGAGGAAGCCUCGUCCUCGGCUCUCAACCGAAUACUCUUUUCUCUGAUCAUCAGGAUAAAGCGCAUCCAGCUGACGGCGACAACGCCCAGCAACUCUGCGCUGCGGCUGGAGACGGGCGCGGUGGAGCUGGAGCUGUCCAACCGCGUGCAGAACGUGCCGCACCACGAGCUGCGACUGUUCGCGCGCGCGCAGGUGGACGUGAACUUGAGCCUCGGGCAGCUGAUACGGAACGCAAUGUUUGAAGAGGCAGAACCCGAAUUCCAGCAGUACGCGUUUUUCAACACCAGAAUAUCGAUGCGCAACGCGUUCCAAGAGGAGCUGACAAGCGGGGAGGGAGUGGGUGCGGGUGACGAGGAGGAGAAAGAGGUGGUACUGAUCACGCUGAAGCGGCCGCUGGUGUACGUGCAGCCCGUCGCCGUGGACAAGGCCAUUCUGGUCUGGCUCAACUACAAGAACGCCUACGAAUACUGGAACGAGAAGCGCCUCAGCCUCAAUAAGGAGGUGCUCACCGCCACGCAGCAAGUCUUCGAGAAGGUCCAACUGACGUCUCAAAUCACCACACCGCAUCUGAGCACAUUGUUCCUGCAACUGAACGUCGACGACAUAGGAAUCUGCCUACCGCUGAAUCAACCACCAGUGGCAACUUGGGGUCGCGGUGUUUACGAGCCGGAAAGUCGCGGCGCCGUGGUGGUGACUCUGGAGAGCACUAGCAUUUCUGCUUGCAGUUCAGGCUCGCUCGUUAGUAAGGGGCGGUUCGUGGGGCUGUGCCUGCGCUUCGCGUCGGACUUCGAGGCGUCGCUGGACGACUGGAAGCCGGAGGCGGCGGAGACCACCAGCAACGUGUGCUGCGUGUCGGAGGGCACGUACGAGGUGUGCAGCCGCACCACCGCCGCCCGGCGCCACGAAAAUGCCAAGUGGUUCCUGAACGUGUCGUGGCAGAUGGAGGGCGUCGACAUACACCUGGACGUAAAUGUGGGCAAGCAGCUGUCCGCACUCGGGCAUACGCUCACUAUGAUCACAGGUUUUGAAGAGGAAGAUCCGUACCAAAAAAUGGAUUCGUAUGAAAGUGAUUUCGACGACGAAGCAGACAAUAGCAAGGGAUCUCAGGAGAGCAUCGUGUACCGGCGCAAGUACACGGAGCAGCUGCCGGCGUUCGUGCUGGACCCACGGCUAGAUGCGCGUGCGCGCUGCAAGCUGGUGGAGCAGGAGAUGCGCGAGCAGGCACGCAUUAUCUGUGACCUGCGCGCGCUCGGCGCCAGCCACGCCACCGUUGAGCACGAGCUGCGGCGCCUGCACGAGCUGGAGGCGCUUGUGUUCAAGGACUUCCGGCGCGACAUGAUCCAGAAGCUGCGUCGCCAGAGCGUGCGCGCCAGCUCCAUUACGAAGGGCAAGCUGGGGCUGGGCUCCAACCGCAGCCAGUCCUUUGUGGCGCACCCGCCGCCGUCCGAACGCCGAGACAUAGAUGGAGUGAUAGAAGCGAGCCUCGGGUCUAGCGUGCCGGUGGGCAGCGUGGGCAGCGUGGUUAGCGUGGGCAGCGUGGAAACCGUGGGCAACGUGGGGGACUCUGGCGAAACGCUGCUGUUGGGCGACGAGGACCGCCUGGCUGACAUCAUCGAGGCGGGCAGCUGGAGCUCCAUGGAGAGCGAGCCGCUCACUGGUCCUUCGCGCAGUAUGUCGCUACGUGCGCGCAGCUCUGCAGCUGGUGCGGGAGGCACGCCGGGUGUGCAGCGCCAGAGCUCGCUACCCGCGCCCUGGCCCGACAGGAAGGACUCGCAGCCGCGCCGCAGGAACGAGCCCGCUCCCGGCACCAACACGCACCGCACCAACACGCACCGCACCAACACGCACCGCACCAACACGCACCGCACCAAUACGCACAGCACUAACACGCACCGCACCAACACGCACCGCACGAACACGCACAGCACCAACACGCACCGCACCAACACGCACCGCUCCAACACGCACCGCACCAACACGCACCGCACCGACACGCACCGCAAAGACACGCACAGCACUAACACGCACCGCACCAACACGCACCGCACCAACACGUACCGCACCAACACGCACCGCACCGACACGCACCGCACCAACACGCACAGCACUAACACGCACCGCACCAACACGCACCGCACGAACACGCACAGCACCAACACGCACCGCACCAACACGCACCGCUUCAAAACGCACCGCACCAACACGCACCGCACCAACACGCACCGCUCCAACACGCACCGCACGAACACGCACAGCACUAACACGCACCGCACCGACACGCACCGCACCGACACGCACCGCACCGACACGCACCGCACCAACACGCACCGCACCAACACGCACCGCACCAACACGCACCGCACCAACACGCACCGCACCAACACGCACCGCACCGACACGCACUGCACCAACACUCACCGCCCCAACACGCACCGCACCAACACGCAUCGCACCAACACGCACCGCACCAACACGCAAAGCACCAACACGCACCGCACCAACACGCACCGCACCAACACGCACCGCACCAACAUGCACAGCACCAACACGCACCGCACCAACACGCACUGCACCGACACGCACUGCACCGACACGUACCGCACCGACACGCACCGCACCGACACGCACCGCACCGACACGCACCGCACCAACACGCACCGUUUCCGGCAAGUGUGUACUGCAUACAAAGGAGUCCGGCAGAGAGGACGACAUGAAGAUCAGCGGGUCGCGCGUGCGCGUGGGGCGCUCGACGUCGGGCGGGCUGGCGGGCGCCGGGGUUGCGGCGGGGGGUGCGGCCGGGGGGCUCUGUGGGGGGCCGCGGGGGGCGCAGUAGGCGCAGGCAGCGAGACGAGCUCGCCGGGCGCGCGCCGCAAGCCGCGGCUGCCGCCUGCGCCGGACCUCACCGUGUUCCGCGUGCCCGGCCUGCAGCUCAAGGUUCACUACGAAUCCAAGACCUUGCCGGAAGACGUGGCAUCCCCGCAGCCGCUGUGCUCAAGUGCCCGCAAGGUGGGCACGAAGAAAGCAGCGCUGUUUGCCUGGAUCACGCUGCAGAGCAUUCCCGAGGAGACGAUCAUCAGCCCGCACAUACUGGAGUUCCUCGAACAGACCCUCGAGCCGAUACCGACCAAGGCUUCGUUCUCGGCACCCACACCAGACGCGGAGAGUGCGCCGCGGUCGAAGUCUGCGGAAUAUGCGUCGUACGGACAGUACGUGUACGCGUCGUUCCCCGUGGACGUGAUCGUGCACUUCCACACGCGGCCCUCUGCCUUCCGCUUCAGCUGCCUGCCCGCCUCGCGCGUCGAGUGCCUGCUGCAGCUGCCCAGCCUCCGCAUUGUCUUCAGCUCCAAGCGCGCCGGAGACGAAGAAAUGGCUGAACCAGCUGUUGCAAUGGGUGGCCUCAGCGUAACAGGCUGCCUUGCAGACUUCUCGGUGUAUAUAUUCCAUCCCUAUGGAGGCAAGAAAUCAAGCCUCAAAGAGGCACAGUGGUCGCCGCUCGCUGACACAGAGCGCAAAGACUCGCUCAGCGUCAAUGUCGAGUUCGUCAAGUUCCAUUUGUCCAGGUCCAGGAAACUGGACUUCCAAACCGAUCAGGACCAAUCCAAAGCUACUGUGAGAUUCUCAACCAUCGUGGACGUGGGUUCUGCAUGGUUCAAGUAUGACAUGCGGCGGCUGGGCGAGAUCCUGGCGUUCCCGAAGGCGUGGUACCGCCGCAGCAUCGUGCGCCGCAUGUUCCUGGGCGACGUCAGCGUGCACCAAGAGCGCCAAGACCGCCAUGAUCGUCACGACCGCCACGAACGCCACGACCGCCACGACAGGCACGAGCGACACGCACACGCCGAAGCUAACAGCAAUGCGCCUGUUUCGCCGGUACUACCACAGAGAGAAAAAACGAAAGCCGUCGAAACACCAAAACCUAAAGAGACUAAAACUUCGGGUGCGGCGUGGGAGACGCUGGUUUUGUUUGCGGUCAACUUCACGCGUCUCAAUGUUCAUAUGAACAUGGGCAACGUCAUGGGAAACGUCAGCUGGCAGAGCCGGUCGCUGGGUGCGUCGGGGCGGCUGAGCAUCGGCAGCACGCAGCGGCGCCACAUGGUGGUGCGCGUGGAGCUGGGCGGCUCGGCGCUAGACGCGCGCGGUGGCAUCGUCGGUGGCGCCAUCUCGCUCGCCUCAAUGCGAGCUCACCUGCACGUGGACGAGGAACCGGGCCGCAACCCGGGGCACGUGUGCGGCGUGCAACUGGCAGCGUUGGAGCUGCGGCUGGAGUAUAUGGGUGCGGGCGUGCUACUGGCGCGCGUGUCGCGGCUGCGCGCCGCGCUGCGGGACGAGUGGCUCGCACGCACACGCGCCCGACCGCCGCGCGCACGACACAAUCCGAGGUACGUGGCACGCAGCACACUGCAGCUGCAGUACAUGGGUGCGGGCGUGCUACUGGCGCGCGUGUCGUGGCUGCGUGCCGCGCUGCGGGACGAGUGGCUCGCACGUACGCGCGUCCGACCGCCGCGGGUACGACACAAUCUGAGGUACGCGCCAUGCGGCACGCUGCAGCUGCAGUACAUGGGUGCGGGCGUGCUACUGGCGCGCGUGUCGUGGCUUCGUGCCGCGCUGCGGGACGAGUGGCUCGCACGUACGCGCGUCCGACCGCCGCGCGCACGGCACAAUCCGAGGUACGUGCCAUGCGGCACGCUGCAGCUGCAGUACAUGGGUGCGGGCGUGCUACUCGCGCGCGUGUCGCGGCUACGCGCCGCGCUGCGGGACGAGUGGCUCGCACGUACGCGCGUCCGACCGCCGCGCGCACGACACAAUCCGAGGUACGUGCCACGCGGCACGCUGCAGCUGCAGUACAUGGGUGCGGGCGUGCUACUCGCGCGCGUGUCGCGGCUGCGCGCCGCGCUGCGGGACGAGUGGCUCGCACGUACGCGCGUUCGACCGCCGCGCGCACGACACAAUCCGAGGUACGUGCCGUGCGGCACGCUGCAGUUGCAGUACAUGGGUGCGGGCGUGCUACUCGCGCGCGUGUCGCGGCUGCGCGACGCGCUGCGGGACGAGUGGCUCGCACGUACGCGCGUCCGACCGCCGCGCGCACGACACAAUCCGAGGUACGUGCCAUGCGGCACGCUGCAGCUGCAGUACAUGGGUGCGGGCGUGCUACUCGCGCGCGUGUCGCGGCUGCGCGCCGCGCUGCGGGACGAGUGGCUCGCACGCACACGCGCCCGACCGCCUCGCGCACUACACAAUCUGAGGUACGCGCCAUGCGGCACGCUGCAGCUGCAGUACAUGGGUGCGGGCGUGCUACUGGCGCGCGUGUGCGUUAUGGUGUGGCCUGCCAUCAUUCUCCUCCACGGUACACUGAGUUGGCAUCAGCUCCAGAUUCUGAUGAGCCGUAGCACAACACCCGAUCUGCUCAAGAUGCAAUUGAAACUUGAAGAGUUCUUCACUCAGCAGUUCAAGUCCAGCAAACGAGUGUUUAGCUCACUUCACCCUAAUUAUGCAGCCGCAAGAAGAGAUAAAAGGGAACCAAUUGCGAACCCGACAAACGAGCAGCAGCAGCAGCAGCAACAACAGCAGCAGCAGGAGCUGCGCCACCACCGGCACUGGCAGCGCGUGCUGCGGCUGGUGUCCGGCAUGCAGCUGUCUACGCUGCCCGCGCCGCUGCCCGCCAACGGUACUGUUCUCGGAGGCACAAUGGAGCUGCACGGCACCAACAUAUCGCUCGGCUGUUUCCACGGCAAUAGCAUGAAGGCAAAGUCGUGGGCCUUGUUCAGUUUGAAAGAUCCUUGUAUAAGCUUCGCCACAGAAGCGCAGCAGCUAGAGACCGAGGAAGUUCCAGAGGAGUUGGAAGUGCAGGCCGUGCAGAGUCUGACGGCGAGCCUGGGCGCGGCGGGGGCGGCGUCCGGUGGCGGGGCGGGCGCGGGCGCGGGGGCGGGCGGCGGGGCGGGCGGGCACCAGUCGGUGGCCACGGUGGUGCGCAUGACGCGCUCGCUGCUGUUCCCGCCGCAGUUCAAGACGCUGCGCGAGUGGUUCCUCUACGCCUUUGCCGAAAGCGAGAUAGACGCGAUAGAGCAGUUCCCGUCGCUGGAGGCUGCGGGCGGUAGCACGGGCGCGGGCAACACAGGCAGUACGGAGCGCGAGCGUGGCAAGGCGAGCGGCGGUGGCAGCACCAGUGGCAGUAGCAGCGGUGGCGGAGAGCGCCACGUGCGUGAAGUUAUCUUCGCGCUGCCCGCACUGCAGCUACAUCUACGCACCAGGCAUCUUCAGCGAGCGCAGACUCCCACUGAAAACGAUGAAAAACCCAUAGUAGAAUGCAGCUUUAUCACAGAGUUCGAAGACCACAUCUUCGUAUCGGUGGACGCAGAAGCGUUCCUGUUUCUGCACGACCUCAUCUCAUCCUACAUCAAAGAAAAAGAUCGCAUCAUGCCGGUGGGGGGUCGCAGCAGUACCAGCAGCACGAGUAAUGCAGAGGUGGUGGCGCCGCAGGACUACCGCGAGUACCGCUGCGUCACCUGGCACCUCGAGCCCACCGUGCGGCUACUAUCGUGGGCGGGCAAGUCGAUCGAGCCGUACGGCGUGGACUACAUCCUGCAGAAGCUGGGCUUCAGCCACGCGCGCACCACCAUCCCCAAGUGGCUGCAGCGCGGCGCGCUCGACCCGCUGGACGCGCUGCUGGCCGCCGUGCUGCUGCGCCUCGUGGCCGCCGUGCCGCACGCCAAGCGCACGCCUCAGCCGCCACGCCCCUAG